AUGACUGACAAUUCCCUGAGUCUGAAUCUGCGGUGUCUUGUUGACGGCGACCGCAUCUCGAAAUCCUUUGAACUGGCCACACCAUCGACGGAGUCUUUUGGUCAACUCAGAACCACCAUCCGUCUCAGCAAGCCUAUCUGGUUUAAAGAUCUGGAAGCGGAGGAUCUCACUCUCUGGAAAGUCACGAUCCCAAUCACAAAAGACAAUGCCGACACUCCUAUCUUGCUCAAAAAUGUCCCCGACAGCGAUAAGGACAAGCUCGGUCCAACAGACGAUGUUAUCGAGUGGUUUCCACAAGUACCAGACAAGAAAACGAUCCAUAUCAUCGUCCAGCGCCCUCCUCCAGUCCAUGCACCUGUCCUUUCUCGAGCCCUGACUCCCCUCCCUGGCUCUCCUUCGUCGCUGUUUGACGACCUCCAUGCUGAUAUCAAAAGGAUCACGGACAGGUUCUUUGCGCCUGGACCAAUUGUCGACUUUCUCGACGCAUUUGUGAAAGGCCAAGGAACACUGCCCGCGACGACUGGUCCCAUUCAAGGUUUGCCAAGCGCAUGGCGACGCGGGUUCGGACGUCCGCCUGACACUCGACCCAGCCUGCUGUUCAUGGAUCUCCCUGACCCAUCCGCACCUGCCUCGGCACCAAAGAAUCUCGCGGCUGGGUCUAUUCUCGACAUGGUCAAGCAAAACGACCGUCCACACAUUCCCGUGUUCGGGGUCUCUGGCUGUGGGAAGACGCGCGCUGUGAUCGAGCUACUGACUCAGCACUGGGGGUUCUACUUCAAUGCUGCCGACGACGACUGGGGAUCAGGCGACAUGAUGACGCUUUUCGAUUCCGUCAGUGGUUACUUGAAGGAUAUCCAGGCAUCCCCCAUCGUCGUGGACCUCGAAUCCAACAAUGCCUUUGUACGGAAGACGAUACUCUUGCUAUUCCUGUCUCGACUGCUCGUCUUCAAGUACUGUCUCGGUGUUCCUGGUUGCGCUGAGACGUUUACAAGCGCGAGGGAUAUAUUCAACACCCUCUUCCGCCAAGUUCUCAAGCUCCUACACCGUGCUGAGAAUGAUCUUGUGGAUUUGGUCGGCGAUGUGCUCGAGGCUGCCAAGGACCGUAUCAUCAAGCACGGGUGCCUGCCGAAGAUCAAUGAUAACACCAAGCUCCUUGUCGUCAACGACGAGGCGCAGUUCCUUGGCGAUCAGUUCAAGGGCUCCUUCAAGUCGGCAUCGGACUCUAAGGAUUCUUUGCGGCCAUUACUUUCCCCAAUGCUACAUGGAUUUCGAAGAGUCGGCGAGGACCGGCUUACGUUGGUCACCUGUGGCACUGGCUUGAGCAUCAAUACCCUUUUCUGGGUUCAGAGCUCUGGCUCAGAGCUGAAGGAUAGCUCGACCCACUUUGAGUACAUGGAGUUCCCCGGAUUUACCGAUCUCGAGUCGAUCAAGGCGUACAUAUCUCGAGUGCGGAGGUGUCUGUUGGAUGACGAAUCAAGGCGGGUCUUUGACGAGCGUCUUCCGCAGGAUGCACUCGACAUGCUUUUCGGCAAGUUUGUGGGUCGCUAUAGGCCAGCAAUCGUGGCCGUUGAGAAAAUCGUGGAGCACAGCGAGCAUGGCUCAUGGAAGGCACUCAUUGAGGACACGGAGGACAAGCUCGUUGCAUGGGAGUACAGGACCAUCAAAGGCAAUCUCUGCCGCGAGCUCAACCGCCUUGACCAAAAGCACAAAGACACGCGCCAUGACAAGUCUGAGAAAACUGUCCUCGACAUUCUCGGCCUCUGCUUGUAUAACCGCUGCUUUCGGGGCGAUCACACGCUCGAGGUCGACAGCGUCAAUGCAUCCUUGGUAGAACAUGCCUUUGGUCGGAUCAAGAUCGUCAACCAUAACGCUGUCACCGUCGUCGACGAGCCCUUUGUUUUCAAGGCAGUGGAGAACUACUUCACUGCGAAUGACCCAGGUUUUCAAACGGCUCUCAGAGAGUUAAUGGAUCGGACGGACGCAGCUGCUCAGGGAAACCUCUUCGAGCGGUACAUGAUGGCCGUUUUCAGCAGGACAUUCAAGUCGCGACGACUCUCUGAUUGGCCGCAUCGGCCCCCGAUCUUGGAGAUGUGCCCUGAUCUUGUCGGUGAGGUGGAGAUUGUUGGCUGGAGAGAACCUGCACUCCUGCAAGGUACUACCCAUGCGAUGAUGUCGAUGGAGGAAUUUAUGGACGCACAUGUCAACCACCAUUCAACUCGAAACAACAAGCUCGUCGCCCCAUUUUUCUUCCCCAAGUCCAAACCAUCAGGACCAGACUUGCUUUUCUUCAUCCGAAUCGACGGUCUCAAGACGGUACCUGUUUUCGUCCAAAUGAAGCUGCAUCAGAGUUCAGCCAAGCUCUACAAGAAGCUCUGGGAAAAGGCACUGGCCACGGCUUCGGCGCCUUGCAUUCAGGACCAUGCCAAAGAUUUCCUGAAUUUCUGCCCUGACAACAUCUACAUCAGCAUGGUCGUAGCCUACCCCAUGGUAUGCGGUGCCAAGUUGCCACCAGCCGUCGAAGUUCCCGAGAAGGACGAGCGUGGCGUGCAGCAGGUCGUGAUACGUGUCAGCGACGUCAACUUUGACCAGAUCUUUCCUAAAGAUCAUGUUGAUUUUAUUGAUAGGCUUAAGAACUCCGGAAAACGAACAGCCGACGACGUUGACAGUGAUGAUGAAGACCGUUCUAAAAAGCUAAGGACAUGA